GUUAGAUCUCAAGGAAGUUGCCCAUGAUUUUGUUGCAGAUUCAAAAUAUAAGCUUUGGUGAUAAAUCAUGGCACCCUGCCUCAUCUUUGGAUUUGAAAUCAAGGAAUGCUGGGUUGAAAAAACGAUUGUUGGUAUGCAUGUCUGUGCAACAAGCCAGUAGAUCUAAGGUUGCAGUUUCACCUUUAGGACUUGAAGAUGCCAAGGAACCUCCAUUGAAUACAUACAAGCCCAAGGAACCUUACACAGCAACAAUUGUCUCUGUAGAGAGGCUUGUCGGCCCAAACGCUCCUGGAGAGACUUGCCAUGUAGUGAUUGAUCAUGGUGGUAAUGUUCCCUACUGGGAAGGACAGAGUUAUGGCGUAAUACCCCCUGGUGAAAACCCAAAGAAACCAGGGGCCCCCCACAAUGUACGACUAUAUUCAAUAGCAUCUACCAGGUAUGGAGAUUCUUUUGACGGCAAGACUGCUAGUUUAUGCAUCCGCCGUGCUGUCUAUUAUGACCCUGAGACUGGAAAGGAGGAUCCUUCGAAGAGUGGUGUGUGCAGCAAUUUCCUCUGCAACUCAAAGCCUGGAGACAAAGUUCAGAUCACUGGACCUUCUGGCAAGAUAAUGCUUUUACCCGAGGAUGACCCAAAUGCCACCCACAUAAUGAUUGCUACUGGCACUGGCGUAGCUCCAUUUAGAGGUUAUCUCCGGCGAAUGUUUAUGGAGGCUGUCCCAACAUACAAGUUUGGUGGUCUUGCGUGGCUUUUCCUUGGGGUGGCCAACACUGACAGUCUCCUCUAUGACGAUGAAUUUGCCAAAUAUCUUCAGGAUUACCCAGACCAUUUCCGGUAUGACAAGGCACUCAGUAGAGAACAAAAGAACAAGAGUGGAGGCAAGAUGUACGUGCAGGAUAAGAUUGAGGAAUACAGUGAUGAAAUCUUCAAACUCUUGGAUGAUGGAGCGCACAUCUAUUUCUGUGGACUCAAAGGAAUGAUGCCUGGGAUCCAAGAUACGCUGAAGAAAGUAGCGGAACAGAGAGGAGAGAAGUGGGAUGAAAAGCUCUCACAGCUUAAAAAGAAAAAACAAUGGCAUGUUGAAGUGUACUGAUAUUGCAUCUUUACGAGCCCCGAGACAGCAGCAGCAGUGUGGUCCUGUUAGGUAAUGUGGCAUUUUUCUGUUGUUGGUCAGCAUCACAUGAACUUGAUUAGCUGAAACCAUUCAUCUGUGCUGUUAAAUAAUCAAAUGGAUUAAAACAAAUUAGAAACCUUUUGUUUGGUAUUGAUAAAUGAUUCUUGUUUCCUC